AUGGCGUCCAAAAAGCUCACAUGGGUAAAGAAACGUCAGUUAAACAGUUCUCGUGCAAAGGUGCAACAACGGAACCGACGUAAGCAAAGCUUAUUUAAGAAGGCAAAGGAAUUUGUCUUCGAAUGCGAAUCCGAUAUCUUCGUGGCUGUCCGUAUUCGAAAAACCGGACAGAUAUAUAUCCUUGAUUCAUCUACAGAUGAUCAAUGGCUGAAAGACUUAUCCAACCUGGAAUUCUGCUAUCCCCGUCCAAUUCGGGAGUCCGUAGAUUGUUUACCCCAUGAAGACGAGUCUCCACCAGAACACCCGGAUGGGGCAGCUUGUUCCAAAAGCGAAGAUUGA